AUGUCCAAGUUUUCCACCAAACCAUCUGGCCCAGUCACUAAGAAAACCAAAAAGGUAGUUAUAAGUGAAAUAGAACAACUAGCAAGCAAGCCUUCAAUCUCCUCACAACUUCCAGCGGUUCCAUUGAAGAGUGCACUGAAGAAGAAAGGGGUGCCCCAAAAGACGAACAGUAAGAAACUAGAAGAAGCGGAAGAAUCAGAAGAAGAACCUGCGAGGAGUCCUACUGGCGAGGAAGAUGUUUUGCAGCUGAAUGGCCUUGGCGAAGAAGAUUCGGAUGAUGACAGCUCUGACGAGGACGAUGAUUCAAGUGAGGACGAAUCCAAUCAAUCAUCCGACGACGAGUCGAACGCCCAUCCUAGCUCAACGGAUCAGUCUACACCAAAUCGUAAAUCUGACCGGAAAUCAGCACAAGAGCAGACUGGAGUGGUUUACCUUGGCAGGAUUCCACAGGGGUUUUAUGAAAACGAAAUGAGGGCUUACUUCACCCAAUUCGGCGAAGUACUUCGGCUGAGACUAUCGCGAUGCAAACGGACAGGCAAGCCGAAACACUACGCAUUUAUCGAGUUCAAGCACGUCGAAGUCGCUCAAAUCGUCGCCGAGACUAUCCACAAUUAUCUUCUCUGUGGAAAAUUGCUACAAUGUCAACUCCUCGAUAAAGAUCAAAUCCAUCCUAAAUUGUGGGUCGGUACCGGGAAGAAGUUCAUGAAGGAUUGCAAAUUAAGAUUAGACAGAGAAAAGCGCAAUCAGGUCAAAACAUUACCUCAGCAAACCGUUAUCUCCAACCGAUUGAUAGAGCGAGAAGAACUGAAGCGCAAACGAUUAGCCGACCUAGGCAUCGACUACGACUUCCCAGGCUACAAACCUCAAGCUGAGACGAAUCCAACCCCCGACGAAAAUCGCAAGAAAAACAAAAAAAGCAAGAAGAAAGUGUAA